UUAUGAGUCUGAAGAGGAGUGAUUUGUGUUUGUUCCGCUCUAUUCUUAUAUGUAUACAAGAAUAACCCUGUACUAUAACCCCUUCAUUCUAGCUGCAGUCUACCAUCCCAGGUUGGAUGAGCAUUCGCUGCAGCGAAGAUUGCUGGGCCCGGCUGUUCCCUUGUGGGACCCCGUCGACUCGACGGAGCCGCGUAUAUAUCUAUCUAUCUAUCUAUCUCUGCCUUGCUUGUCGCUAUGAGGCGCCGGGUGUGCCUGCAACUGAACCACGAGCUUACUCGAAAUGGUUCAGCGGGUCCGAUCAGGACAUCUCUGGUUACAAGAACACCUUCUUGACCAGCCCUUUUGUCCUUGCUCAAGGUCUACCUAUUCAGCCUUACUUCGCCGAUUUCGAACCGUGGCUCAACCUCAUGCACCAAUUUGUUUCAGAGGGAUAUCAUGCACGUCCCCGACCAGGUAUUGAUGUGUCUGCAUAUCCCGGUUUGAAGAAACACUUGCCUUCAAAAACCUUAUUCGACUGGCAGACCCUGGAUGGGAACGUUACGUAUAGUGUACUGAGACAAUUUAUGUCCUCUUUUCAAAAAGAACCUCUCGACACUCGGUGGACAGGCUUCAACCCGGACAAUUGACCUAUAAUAGCUUCGAUGUCCGCGGAAAAGGAUGUACAUCAUUAUUUUAUGCCUUUCCUUUCUGCUUUGCUGUACCUCAAACCCAUAUACUUUCCACUGGAUUUGGAAAAAUUGUAUCUAUACUGUUUCUAAC